UCUUGCAUCCAAAAGAGAAAGCACACUUCCAUGAGAGCUCAGUAAGGAAGAGAAAGCUAAGAAGGGGAAGAGAAAUGACAAAUACCAUGAAUCAAGUAGAAGAGCAAAUGAUGCUAUUUUCUGAAUUAUAUUCAGACAUAUACGCACAUACACCAGAAGAUGGUGAAGCAAGGCGACGGCGAAGGAGGAAGAAGGGGAAAGGAGAAUCAGCGGCAGUGGCAGGGCUGAAGAAGAAGCGGAAGCUCAGUACCGAGCAAGUGAAUUUCUUGGAAAUGAACUUUGGGAGCGAGCGUAAGCUGGAGUCAGCGAGGAAGGUUCGCCUGGCUAGUGAGCUGGGGCUGGACCCUGACCAAGUGGCAGUGUGGUUCCAGAACCGGAGGGCGCGGUGGAAGAGUAAGCAGCUUGAGGAAGAGUACACGAGGCUAAAGACGGCGCAUGAGACGGUCAUCGUUGAGAAGUGCCGGCUCGAAGCUGAGGUAUUCAAGCUUAGGGAGGAGCUCUCAGAAGCUGAGAAGGAAGCAAGAAAGCUUUCUGAUCGUAAGGCGCCCGUGGACAGAGUUUCAGAAGGCGAAAGUCCUCGUCCAACCUCUUCUCUCUCCGUCAAUGCGCCUUUUCUUGGAGAAUUUGUGGAGAAUUUCUUAUACGCGCCUGAAAGUAGCAUGAAUGGCAUGGAGUGGGCCAACUUGUAUGAAAUAUAAUCAUGUGAUUUAUGAUGUAAAUAUCGUUUUCAUGUAAAUAGCCAGAUGCUUUCUUGACUAAAACACCAAUCCUAAGUCUCAACUAAACUCUACAUUGAUCA